AUGAGCCUCAAUCGCCAAGACGCGACGCAGGAAAGUGAGUUGGAGGGAACGACACGGCCUACUCUGCAUGGCCUGCAGCUGCCUUCCUCGCCAGGUCCAGUCAAGGACUCGAUCCCCGAACCACCCUCUAUGCUACGUCGAACACAAGAAAGGAUGGCAGACCCAGUUGUGGCCGCAUUCAUGGCCGGUGGCGUCGCUGGUGCCGUUUCUCGGACGAUUGUAUCCCCUCUGGAGCGGUUGAAAAUCCUACUCCAGAUUCAAAGCGUUGGCCGAGAAGAAUACAAGUUGUCAAUAUGGAAAGCCCUCGGGAAGAUGAAACGAGAGGAAGGCUGGCGAGGCUUCAUGCGAGGUAAUGGAACCAAUUGUAUUCGCAUUAUUCCCUACUCUGCAGUGCAGUUUGGAAGUUAUAAUUUCUACAAGAAGUUUGCCGAAACUCCGGAUGGUGAGAUGACCCCGACACGUCGCCUUAUCUGUGGAGGUAUUGCGGGCAUCACAUCAGUCACGGUGACCUACCCUCUAGAUAUUGUUCGCACCCGCCUUUCCAUUCAGUCGGCAUCGUUUGCGGACCUUGGAGCCCGAGACCCAUCCCAAAAACUGCCCGGCAUGUUCACCACCAUGGUGACGAUAUACAAAAACGAAGGUGGCAUGAUUGGUCUCUACCGCGGAAUCGUCCCUACGGUCGCCGGAGUCGCCCCUUACGUCGGGCUCAAUUUCAUGACCUACGAAUCGGUUCGCAAAUACUUAACCCCAGAGGGAGACAAGCACCCCAGUUCCUGGCGAAAGUUGCUCGCUGGUGCGAUCUCUGGUGCGGUGGCGCAGACGUGCACAUAUCCCUUUGACGUGCUACGGCGACGAUUCCAAAUCAAUACCAUGUCUGGCAUGGGAUAUCAGUACAGGUCGAUCUGGGAUGCGGUACGGGUCAUUGUGGCCGAGGAAGGACUACGAGGACUCUUCAAGGGCAUCGGACCCAAUUUAUUAAAGGUUGCGCCUAGCAUGGCCAGCAGCUGGCUCAGUUUUGAGCUGACACGGGACUUCCUGGUUAGCCUGGGUGAUAGAGAUUAG